ACAUUCUUGAAAAAUGUAAUGACAUGAAAAAAAAAAAUUAUUCAACACUGACAUUUUCAGUGAAUAGGUCCAAAAAAAACCAAACAACAAGAGAUGAUUUACGCUCGUUUUUUACUUUGGGCACUAAUUAGUGCCCCAUUCACACUGACUCUACAGGUCCAACAAUUUUUGCCUGAUCAUGAAAUCAAAAAAGAAUCUGAAGGGGAAAUGAUUUCAGUUAAACAUUCAAUUAGAAAGCGGAGUAUUCCUGAAAUUGCAAUAAAUAUAAACAGUCGUGGGGUUGAUAAAAAAUAUAUUCUGCAGUCAUCGAAAGGAUUUUUUGCUGGUAAAAGAACGAGAAUCUGGAUAGCUAAAAAAAUUGGAAACAAAUUCAACUAUUUUCUAAAAAGAAAUAUUAUGAAGAACAUGAACAUUACACUUUAUCGCGACCAAGAAACAGGGUCUGCAAUAGCCCACACACUAAAUAAAAGAGGUGUUUCAGAAUUUAAUGGUAUUAUUGGCACAAACAAAGUAAUACGUCCGUUAAAUAACGAAAAUCGCUUACGUCGUGAUGUUUCAUCAAAAUUUAUGCACGAAUCAGUAAAUAAUAGUUUGAAAAAUCAUCACGUACUCUAUAAACGAGACAUAUCUCAAUCAAAUAGCGAGAAUACUAAUUUAUAUGAACAUGAGGCAUAUAAUCUCGACAAGCAAGCAAUGAGAAGGCCUAUCGUCUCUCCCCAUACAGUGUAUCCACAAAUUUUAGUUUACGUAGAUACAACUCUUUUUCUAUAUUUUAAAGGUAGUGUUAAAAAGACUGUCUCUUAUGUUUUAACCCUUAUGAAUGGUGUGGAUCUCUAUUUUAGAGAAAUAGAGAAACCCUUUAUUCGUCUAAACAUUGCUGGAAUUGUUUUAUGCGAGGAAUCAAUAGAACCAUCAAAAAGAUUCAUUAUCAAUGGCGAUAGUUUGGAUAGGUUUUCAAAAUUUAUGUAUGAAGAAACAAAAUUCAAAUUUAAAGAACAUUAUGAUAUUGCUGUUGUAUUAGUAAAAUCAUUUACUGUUCAGCCUUUUAAAGGUUUAGCAUAUACUGGAAGUGUUUGUCAACAAAGAAAAGAUUUUAUAAAGUCAGUAGCAAUUAUCAGUGAUAAUGGAAGAUUGGAAGGAAUUCAAACUGGUGCACAUGAAUUAGGUCAUGUACUUGGAUCAUUUCAUGAUGAACUCAAGUAUUUACCUGAAGAAGAUAAACAAAAAUGUACAUUCAAGAAGGGUUUUAUUAUGAGCUAUCAACGAUUCGACCAAAAUCAAUUUUACUUUUCCCCAUGUUCCAAGGAACAAUUAAAAUUGACUUUAAGUUUAAAGGGAGCUCAGUGCAUUCAAAAUAAUCCGGCUGAUAAUAGAAAUGAUGAUCAAAUAUUAAGAAUUUUUCCUGGACAAUACUUGUCAGCAGAUAAACAAUGCCGAACCAAAGGCCGUGGAAAUGCAUCUGCGAUAGUAUCACCAAGUAUUUGCUUAAAAUUAGAUUGCAUCUCUGAUGGUAAGAAAUAUGUUAUAAAGGUAGGAGCACUUGAAGGAACUCCUUGUGACUUGGGAAAGGUCUGCCUAAGGGGAGAGUGUGUAAAAAUACCAUAUAACACGGAUUUAAAUCUAAAUCAGUUAUUCCCAAUACAAUAUUUACCACCACAGAAUAAUAAAUCUCUGGAAGAACAAUGCAAAGAAAAAGGAGUCAAAAACGUUAUCAAAACCAUUUUAAAUGCUUGUGAACUCGACUGUAUUGAUACCAAUAGUUUUGGAAAGCAGAUAAAGACAUUUAUAUAUGCACAGGAUGGAACUUCAUGCAAUGAUAUCGGAUUCUGUCGAGACGGACAAUGUAUUGAUAUUAAUUUCCAAUCAGCAAAUGAGUACUGUAUUAAAGCUGGAAAAAAAGGUCUUAAGAAAAUAAGUGAAGAAUGCACCUUUAUCUGCGAAAAAGAGAUUUACAACAUUCCAGAUGAUUUUAAAAACACUUUUCAUGAAAGUCAAAUUAUAUGGGAGAAUAUAGCAGCUCCAAAUGGAUUUCCAUGUUCUAAGAAUAGAAACUGUAUGGAUGGAAAAUGUGUUGACGGAACGUAUACUAUUACAACUACUGCCACCACUACUACUAUUCCUACCACUACUCAUACUACUACUUCUGCCACUACUGCUACUGCUGUUACAACUUUGAAUAAAUUGCCUGUUUUUAAAUCUUCCCCUAAGCGAUGUGAAGAAAUUGGAAUGUCUUGGUCACGUGAUUACGACAACGGAUGCGUUAUUAUCUGCUACAUAAAAGAUUACAAUUCCAACAAAUUUGAAAAUAAUGACAAACGAUCACGUACGAAAUAUUUGGAGGCUGAUUAUGGUUUGCCUUGCAAUAAUAGUGGAUAUUGUCAAGAAGGAAAAUGUAUUAAUAUGACAUCUACUACAAGUACCAUUCGCACUAUAGAUUCAACUACAAGUACCGUUCACACUAUUGAUUCGACUACUGCAAUUGAUAAACCUGUUAAAUUUAAAUCUGCCACAGAACUAUGUGAUGAGGUUGAAAUGUCAUUUUCCUCUGCUUAUAAUGACGGAUGUGUUAUUAUUUGCCAAAACCAAAGUGCUAUUAAUAACAAAGAAGACUUUGACUUUGAUCAAUACGUGAUAUACUUGAAUGCUGAAAUUGGCAUGCCUUGCAAUAACAGUGGAACUUGUCUGGAAGGAACAUGUACUACAUUGACAUUGCCUACAACUACCCUUAAAAUUGUUGAUUCAACUAAAAGUACUGACAAAAUUAUUGAUACAACUACAAGUACUUUCAGCAUUACUGAUUCAACUACAAGUACUCACAGAAUUACUGAAUCGACUAAAACUACUGACAACAUUAUUGAUACAACUAAAAGUACUCCCAGCAUUACUGAAUCAACCAAAAAUACUGACAACAUUAUUGAUACAACUACAAGUACUCUCAGCAUUACUGAUUCAACUACAAGAACUCACAGAAUUACUGACUCAACUACAAAUACUGUCAACAUUACUGAUUCAACUACAAGUACUCACAGAAUUACUGAAUCGACUAAAACUACUGACAACAUUAUUGAUACAACUAAAAGUACUCCCAGCAUUACUGAAUCAACCAAAAAUACUGACAACAUUAUUGAUACAACUACAAGUACUCUCAGCAUUACUGAAUCAACCAAAAAUACUGACAACAUUAUUGAUACAACUACAAGUACUCUCAGCAUUACUGAUUCAACUACAAGAACUCACAGAAUUACUGACUCAACUACAAAUACUGUCAACAUUACUGAUUCAACUACAAGUACUCACAGAAUUACUGAAUCGACUAAAACUACUGACAACAUUAUUGAUACAACUAAAAGUACUCCCAGCAUUACUGAAUCAACCAAAAAUACUGACAACAUUAUUGAUACAACUAAAAGUACUCCCAGCAUUACUGAAUCAACCAAAAAUACUGACAACAUUAUUGAUACAACUACAAGUACUCUCAGCAUUACUGAUUCAACUACAAGAACUCACAGAAUUACUGACUCAACUACAAAUACUGUCAACAUUACUGAUUCAACUAAAAGUACUCCCAGCAUUACUGAAUCAAUUAAAAAUACUGACAACAUUAUUGAUACAACUACAAGUACUCUCAGCAUUACUGAUUCAACCACAAGAACUCACAGAAUUACUGACUCAACUACAAAUACUGUCAACAUUACUGAUUCAACUACAAAUACUGUCAGCAUUACUGGUUCAUCUACUCCUUCGAAUAUACCAGUUACAUUCAGACCACGCAUUGAAAGAUGUACAGAAAUUGGAAUGUCUUUAUCAGAUAUCGAGAUGGAGUGCCAAUUUCUCUGCGUGAAAGAAAAUGACAAUUCAGAAAAUAGCGAGGACAAUAAUGAUUACAAAUAUUUCGACGAUGAUUAUGGAUUUCCUUGCAAUAAUUUUGGAUACUGUGAAAAUGGAGAGUGUGCUAAUAUGACUGCUGUUACGGAUAAAUCACCAGUUGCAUUUAAAAAUCUCAGUGAACGAUGCAAAGAUUUUGGAAUGGAUUGGUCACACGUCUACAACGAUGGUUGCAGUGUUUAUUGCAAAAAUACAACAAACAAUUACGAUGAACGUAUAGUUGCUGAAGAUGGAUAUCCUUGCCUUGAUAACGGAGUUUGCAGUGAGGGCAUGUGUUUUGAAUAUAAAGUUACUUCAAUUACUCCCAGAACUAUUGGUACAACUACUCCCUUAAUUAGAUCAAUUGAUGAAUUUGACUCUCCCAGGAAACGAUGUAAAAAGAUUCAAAUGUUUCUGUCCCAUAAUCAUAAAGAGGAAUGUACAAUUAUGUGCACUAGUAAAAAUGAACUGGAUUUGUCUUCUGUCUUUAACCCUGUUAAAGAUGAGAAAAAUAUUGUCACUGAAUUGUUAACUGCAGAAAAUGGAUAUCCUUGCGAAACUAACAAAUAUUGUUUAGAUGGGAAAUGUGUUACACCAUCCACUAAUUGGGAUACGGAUGCGCUAAGAGUUGUAAAAAAUAAAGCGAGAGUAAUUCACAAAGAUAAUUCCUAUUCGGGAUUAAAUGAAGAUAAUGAACAGAAUGCAGAUAAUAUAUUUGUUGCAUAUGAUGAAGAACAGGAUGUUGAUGAAGGUUUAUCCGAAUUCAAUGAGGAUGAGAAAAAUUUUGCCGACGAUAUAGGCAUAGAUUUGUAGAAGAUGAGAUAACUUGUCAUUGAUUUUAUGAUUGAAGCCCAAUAUUAUGCUUCUAAUAGCUAAAUAUAUGAAAUAAAAUAAUUUUUUCCAUUAAUGUAUAAGUGAAAAAAGUUGGGUUAAAUUUUAAGAAAUUUUAUUUUUAAAUGGUGUUGGUCUUUUUGGAACGUUUCAACUGUUGUUUGUAUUUCAAUAAAUGCUGAAUUUUAAACAAUA